AUGCAGGAGAAGGCUGCGGCCAUCAGGAAGAGUUUUCAGCGCCCGAAGUUCUGGGUCAUGGGCUUCGGCUGGUGUUUGGCGGCCUGUGCAGGGGCCGCCAAUGUGGUUGCCUACAAGUCUUGGAAUCUGUAUGCAUCGCACGUGACCGGGAGCACGUCGAAUAUUGCCUUCCGGCUCGAAGGCUACCAGCAGGGCGAGUAUGGUUCAGAGACCUUGAAGGAAGCAUGCUCGCUUGUGUUCUCCUUCCUGGUCGGAGCAUACGCCUGUGGAAUCCUCAUUGACAAGAACCAAGUGCACCUCCUGGGGAAAGCCUUCUAUGGCCUGGCCCUGGUGCUGAACUCGGCCCUUCUAGUUUCGGCGGCUUUCGUGCCUGGUCGGCUGCUUCCGGCGUGCCUAGUGGCAGCGGCUUGCGGCUUGCAGAACGCGAUGUGCACAUCCCACUUUGGCGCGAUCGUCCGCACGACGCACGUGACUGGCACCAUGACUGACAUCGGUUCGACAAUGGGCCGCAUCAGCAUGAUCUACCUUAGGAGAGCAUGCCGCUGCAGUCAGCUGACGGAUAUCGAGCGUGCAGAGAUAGGGGUGGAUGCGCGCAAGCUGGCCGUGCUUGCCGGGCUUUGGACCUUCUAUCUGGUUGGCGGCCUCAUCGGGAUCUACGUGGAGAACAUCGUUGCAGGUCCCAAGGCACUUCUGGUCCCGGCUUUUGUCACAGGCAGCGUGGGCGUGACCUACAUGGCCUGUCGACAGCUGUUGAAAGACUACAUCAAGAAGGUGGAGAAGGAGCGGUUCUCGGCUGACCUGAAGGAGGCGCAGAGUGCCCUGGCCCACAUGGGAUCUCGCCUGCAAGAUCUCGAAACCGGCGACACUGAUCUCGUAGCAGACUUGGACAAAGAGAUGGGCCACAUGAUCGAUGCUUUGCAUGAGGUGGAGGCCGACUUUGACAACCUGUACCAACAACCAGGCAAUGCCACGGAGUCCGCUCAGUCGAACCGGCAGUAA